AUGUCCAGUAAUGAUAAAAUCCACGGAUGGGCAGUCAAUUUAAUUAAUGAUUCAUAUCUCAAGUCAAUUAAGGAUGGAACCUCAAGAAAACUUCCAUCUCCACCUGGAUUCAAGGGGGCUAUUUCGAAGAAAGACGCUGCACCUUCAAUAAAUAAUAAAGAUCUGAAGGACUUUCAGAUACAGAGGUCUUGGGAAAUUGCAACACAGCCUGCCAGAUCAAUUCCAAUGAAUAUGUUUAUGUCUUACAUGUCUGGUACAUCUUUACAAAUUAUUCCAAUAAUGACAGCUUUGAUGUUAUUAUCAGGACCUAUAAAAGCUAUAUUCUCUGUGAAAUCAAAUUUCAAACCAUUGUUAGGUCAUAAAAAUGGGAUAACUGAAAAUGAAAUAUAUUGUCAUAUGUUAGUCUACAUCUUAUUUCAAGUAGCUUUGAUGCUAAUUGGGCUUCAUAAACUUUAUUCAAUGGGUCUAUUUCCAACUACGAAAAGUGAUUGGGUUUCAUGGGAGAAACCAAUUCAAAUGCUAGAUUCUCUGCAAAUUUUUAUGUUUUAA